AUGGUCAAACUAACUUCGGAACUCAAAGAGUACGCUCGUCGACGAGCAACGACGGGUCGUUACGCUGACAACCUCGAGGUAGACGUCCUUAUUGUUGGUGCCGGAUUUGGCGGAGUGUAUCUGCUUUACGAGCUUCGAAAGCGUGGCCUUAAUGCUGCCAUAUACGAAGCAGGAACUGAUCUUGGCGGAACCUGGCGCUGGAACCGUUACCCCGGAGCUAGGGUGGAUUCCGAAGUGCCGGAAUACGAACUGAGCAUUCCCGAAGUCUACAAGGAUUGGACUUGGUCAACAAACUACCCCAACUAUCAAGAGCUUCGCGCUUACUUCGACCAUGUGGAUGCUGUGCUUGACAUCAAGAAGGACUGCGCCUUUGAGAGCGUCGUAGUCGAUGCACAGUUCCAUGAAGACGAGGGAAAAUGGCACACAAAGACCGAGGAUGGCCGCACUGCCAAGAGCAAAUACCUCAUUGUUGCGGCAGGCUUCGCAGCCAAGCGCUACAUCCCCGACUACAAGGGUUUGGAAACCUUUGAAGGCAUCAUGCAUCACUCCUCUUUCUGGCCAGAAGAGGGGGUCGAUGUCAAAGGGAAACGGUGCGCCGUCAUUGGCACUGGCGCAUCAGGCGUGCAGAUUUCACAGGAAUGGGCCCCUGAAGUCGGGUCACUGAAAGUCUUUCAACGCACACCCAACCUCGCUGUUCCCAUGGGCAAACGGCCCCUGUCUGUUGAAGAGCAGCAGAAUUCCAAGCAAUGGUAUCAUCGACUAUUUGAGCUCCGUGAGCAUUGCUUCGGGGGUUUCCUGUUCACGUGGUCCGAAAAAAAUACCUUUGACGACAACGCGGAGGAGCGAGAGAAGUAUUACAGGAGUCUUUGGGACCAUGGCGGAUUCAGGUUCUGGUUGGGUAACUACAAAGAUAUGCUUUUUGACGAGAAAGCCAACCGUGAGGCAUACAACUUCUGGGCCAAAAAUACUCGUAACCGCAUCGGGGAUGCUCGUUUGAGAGAUCUCCUUGCUCCUCUAGAGCCUCCACACCCCUUCGGUGUCAAACGCCCCUGUCUAGAGCAGAACUACUACGAGCAGUUCAACCGUCCCAAUGUAGAUAUUGUGGAUAUCGGCGCCAACCCCAUUGAGGAGUUCACUCCAAAGGGUAUCAAGACCAAAGACGGCACCGUCCACGAGUUCGAUGUCAUCGCCAUUGCUACCGGCUUCGACAUCACCACCGGUGGUAUGACGAACAUGGGCCUGCGCAGUAUCCACGGCACGACUCUCAAGGAUGAGUGGAAGAGUGCUGCGAACACGUACCUUGGAACCACUGUGUCCGGGUAUCCAAACAUGUUCCACCUCUACGGGCCCCACGGGCCGACGCUCCUCUCCAACGGGCCCGCAUCAGUCGAAGUGCAAGGCCGGUGGAUCGUCGACGCGAUCCAGAAAGCCGAGCGCGAGAACAUCAAAUACAUCGACCCGACGCCCGAGGCUACCAAGGAGUGGAAAGACCGCAUCAAUUACCUGAGCAAUAUCAGUCUCUUCCCAACCACCAAGUCUACGUACAUGGGUGGUAGUCUCCCAGGGAAGGCCUUCGAACAGGUUAAUUACGCGGGCGGUAUCCCGGCUUACGUCGUUGAGAUUCGUGAGAAGCUUCCUGGUUGGAAGGGCUUCAGGGUCGUUAAAUAGGUGCCUUGAUGAUGAUGCACGAUUACAAGUUGGGCGCAUCAGUUGAUCGAUCGAUGGGCUUUUGUGGGAGACAUGUGUGAAUCCCCUGGAAUGAUAUGGUUGAAGGGGGGGUAAC